AUGUUUUGGGAUCCACUAUUUGACAAAGCAUCAGAGCUUUCCGGUUCACCGCCCGAUCAGCUCAAGCUCAUAUUCUCUUUACUCAUAAGUUAUCCCCUUGGUUCCCUCUACGUCCGACUCCCACCUUCAAAACCAUACAUUGCGCAUCUGUUCUCGGUCAUAGUCUCCACGUUCGUUGUGGUUUUCCUCUUGGAAUUGAGGACAGGGAUGUUGCAUCUUUUAUUCAGCAUAAUAGGGACAUAUAUAAUUUCUGCUACGGUAGAUGGAAGGAAAAUGCCUUGGAUUGCUUUUAUUUUUGUUAUGGGACAUCUGCUUUUCAAUCACCUAAAUCGAUAUUUCACGGCGAUACCUGCGACCGCUAUCGAAAUAACGGGUAGUCAAAUGGUCUUAGCUAUGAAACUUACUACAUUUGCAUGGAACAUCUAUGACGGAAAGCAGAACGAGGAGCACUUAGAUGCAAGUCAGUUACAAACUAGGCUUACUAAAUUACCUGACCCUCUGGCUUUCUUGGGAUACUGUCUAUUCUUCCCAUCUAUUCUCCCUGGACCGUCGUUUGACUAUGCGAGCUAUGAUGCUCUGGUCCAUCAUACAAUCUAUCAAGUCCCACCUCCAGGCUCGUCUCCUGAACAAGUCAAAGCAACCAAGAAAAGACUUCCUUAUGGUCGAAAGAGAGUAGCAUAUCUCCAUCUUUCUGUCGGCCUGAUCUUCUUAGGUGUAUACGCUACUUAUGGUAGUAGAGGGGCGUAUUCCAGGAUCCUGGGGACAGAAUGGUAUGAAUGGAGUUUGUUGCAGAGAUUAGGAUUUGUUCAGCUAGCUGGAUUCUUGGCUAGGACGAAAUACUAUGCUGUUUGGAGUCUGUCGGAGGGUGCAUGCAUUCUCACGGGAAUAGGAUUCAAUGGCUAUGACCCUAAAACAGGUAGAACGCUUUGGAAUAGAGUAAGAAAUAUCAAUAUCAUUUCUAUAGAGACCGCACCUAGCUUCAAGGUUUUGUUUGAUAGCUGGAACUGUAGAACAAAUGUUUGGCUGAGAGAUGUGGUAUACAAGAGACUGACGAAGAAGGGAAAGAAGCCUGGAACGAAGCAGAGUAUGGCAACGUUUGUGACUUCGGCUUUUUGGCAUGGUGUUGAUCCUGGCUACUAUCUCGCGUUUGUUCUUGCUGGUGUUCUGACCUCCUUGGGUAGACAACUCCGUCGCUUUGUCCGACCAUAUUUCCUCCCCCCAGCUUCAGCAUCUAUCAACACUCCUCCUACAAUAGCCAAAAGAGCGUAUGAUCUCGUUGGUCAAAUUGUCGUUCAAGUCACUCUCAAUUACACAGCAUGUGCGUUCAUCUUGUUAGGCUUCAAAGAUUGUAUCAGAGCUUGGAGCAGGAUGUGGUGGUACACGCAUGUUGCGAUCAUUCUCACAAUGGCAUUUUUCCAUUUCGGCGGGCGUAGAUCACUUCGAAAAGGACUCGAGAAACGAGGCAAGAUAUCGGCCGAGAGGUUCUCAACUAUUGGCCAAGGAAGGAGAUCACCUCUACCGAGUGUCAGAGUGUCACCCCCAUCUCCAAUCAGUAAACCCAGAUCACCACCUCCUCAACCAGAAGACGAGAAGGAUCCCAAAGAUCUAAGAUGGGUCAAACAUGCUUUAGAUAACCCACCAGACCAAGAUUCAGGUGAAGCUAUGGGAAAUGGGUUCAACUCGCCUGAUGGUGGUUGGGUGGAUGGUAUAGUGGAAGGAAGCGAAACUCCAAAUGUUGAAAAGGUAAAUCCGAUGAAUUCAAGAUGA